AUGAAUCCCUUGUUAUACAGACCUCCGCCAAUUCCCCAUUUCCCCAUGCUGCAUUACCAUGGACCGCCCCAACAAAGAAGAGAUACUCAGGUUGAAGUGGAUCUAGCCAGCGUUGCUUUGCAAAUUCAGAGAAAACGUUUUUAUGUGGACGUUGGGGUUGAUGGCCGGAAGGCUAGGAUAUUGUUGACUCUAAGUGCCGCUGUGGAGAUAAAGGAUAAGCUGAAAGACCUGAUUGAGGUUCUUGACGAGGUUCUGAAAAAAGGCGAGACGGAGGAGUCUCAAGAAUCUAAAGCCCAAGAAACUCAAACGGCACCCGAGAACAAAAACCAAGACACCAAUGUGACUGAUGAGUUAAUCAAAUCCCACAUUGUCAAUUAUCCUUAUCGGAGAUACUUCCUCGACUUGAAAAAGAAUCGGAGAGGGCAUUUUCUCCGUCUAACCAUGUUGUCUACCCUUAGCCGAGUCCAACUUGCCGUCCCAUCUCAAGGCAUGAGCGAUUUGUACAAUGCCAUCACGGAGCUUUUGGAAAAAUGGUGGGAUGGUUCCAAGACAGAAGAGCAAAAAGGUAUGCUUUUGUUUGUCCCAUUUGCAACUGCUAGCGGUUAA